CGUACGACCGGUACAGACUCUACCAGGGGUCGAUUAGGCAUCUAGCCUCUGAGGAGAUUUACGUGUCGGGAUGGUUAUCUCAUAAUUUACGGCUCCGGUUGGAGGUUAUGAGCUCACCGACGCGGACGACGCGAUGAUGCCGAUCUUGGAUCUGCAUCAGGCCUUCCCAUGGUAGCAUGGAUGGUCUAUGGUGGGGCAGGGCAGGUCCAAGCAGUCCCGCCUAUGCACUACCGCUGCCGCGCGCCAUCGGCUGAUGCGGAGAAGAGCCGGGUGGUGAAGCCGAGUGGGAGGGGCAAUCCCUGUUCGUCGUUCUUUAAAAGAGGCGGGAUCGAUGGGCCGGAUGGAUGUCUUGUACUAGACCGCACCGCGUUGCAAACUGAUAUCACCCGAGGAUUGUGUUUCCUGCUUAUCGCCGGAGGGGAACACAGAGCAGUAUGCCUUUAAAAGUCGUGGUCGUCGGGGCCGGGCUCGCGGGCCUCGGGGCCGCCAUUGCGCUGACUCGUGCGGGUCACGAGGUCGAGGUCCUCGAGCAAUCGAGCUUCUUGAACGAGGUUGGCGCCGCCAUUCACGUGCCGCCGAACGCUACCCGGAUCCUGCGCGGCUGGGGCUGUGACUUUGGCAGCCUGCGGGCCGUCCAGUGCAAGAGGUUGCAGGUCUGGGAUUCGGAUGCUAAUCUUAUCUAUACUCCGGUGGUGACCGAGGAGCAGCAGAGGACUCUUCGGAUCUCCGAUGACUGGCUUCUGACGCAAUGCGUGGAUCUCCAUAAUACCCUGCGUGCGACGGCGGCAAGGGAGGUCGAUGGGCGGACACCGAAUAUUCGUCUUUGCUCGCGUGUGGUUUCUGAUCCCGAUGCUGGUGUGGUCAGCUUGGAAUGUGGUGAGACCGUCACUGGAGAUUUGAUCAUUGGCGCCGACGGCAUUCAUUCCCGAUCCGUCAAGAGUGUCACCGGUGAAGAUUUGCGCAAGGUUAGCACCGGUCAGAACUGCUUCCGGUUUCUGGUGCCGGUCUCGAAAAUGCUGGCGGACCCCGAGACGGCAGCGCUGAUUCACAAGCUCGGGCUGGACGGCGUCCAUGCCAUCGCCUCCGAGGAUAGAAGGCUAGUCCUCUAUCCCUGCCGCGGUGGCGACUUGCUCAACGUAGCGGGAAUCUACCCUGCGGAACCCGGCUUUACCGUGAAGGACUCUUCCUGGCUGGAGAGCGGGAGCAUGGAGACGUUGCUCGAGACAUACCGCUCGUUCGGUCCGGAGCUGCAAGCUAUGUGCCGCAAGGCCAAAGAUCUCAAGCUGUGGAGCUUGGCCUCGCGGGUGCCGCCCACAACCUUCGUCAAGGGCAAACUGGCGCUUGUUGGCGACGCAGCGCAUCCCACACUUCCGCACCAAGGCCAAGGUGGUGCGCAGUCCUUCGAUGAUGGCGCUACGUUAGGCGCGGUCUUCACCUCCUGUACCACGCCCGAGCAGGUGCCGCAGCGACUCGAGCUCUACAACCGUGUCCGCUACAACCGGGCGAUCACCGUGCAGUUCAUGUCGAAGACGCACGACGAGAAACGAGCCGAGAUGUUGGACGAACUGCGCCAGUUCGUGCCCGAGGCCGAGGUCCCGCAAAAUAUGUUCGCGUUUGCCUGGAGCUCCUACCCGGCUCGCGAGGCGGAACGGUUGCUGGUCGAGAGUGCGGCGGCGUGA